UUUAAUUGGAAGUUCUUCAACAGCGGCGCUGCAGUAGCGCCCUUGGCCAUUUUUCCGAAAUCGACUUGGCAAGGCAAGGUUUAAAACAAUAGAAAAUUAACAAUUAAUAAAUUACCAUGGCUUCGCUUUGUGGUCGACUGGUGGUAAACUCAUCUAGGAAACAUUUUCUCUCCACCAGCUAUCGCUGCGCCUCCAAAAACGCAUCAUUUGGCGACCCCGUGGACCACACCACCGGUCUAGAAAAACGUGAAAUACUACAAAAAGUAAAAGGUAAUGACAAUCCCUUUGAUAUGAAAGUAUACAAAAGGGGGCCGGGCACCAAAACUCAACCAAAUGAAAUUCCGUCUGCAUUCGAUGCCAGAUUAGUGGGUUGCAUUUGCGAAGAAGAAGCGACCAGCAUCAACUGGAUGUGGCUGCACAAAGGUGAGGCCAAAAGAUGUGAAUGCGGUCACUGGUUUAACUUGGUGCACAAAUCUCCCGUAUAAACCGAUUUUUGUUAAAAACACUUAGAUAACUUAUACAUAGUAUUUAAAUACAAAAUCAGUUAUAAAUGAUGUCGGUUUUUGUUUCUUUUGAUUUUUGCCAUGUCAUUUUAAGAAUAUAAACUAAGCUACUGUGAUUAUAUUUUAUGAUUUUGUCCAUCGUAGGCUUUUUUUUUUGUUUCAACAUAAUAAAGUUUAUAGAAGAGUAAUUCA